UCCUAGUCUUUGCAUUGGGUUUCUUUCUUCCUUUCCAUCUUGGUUGAUGAAUUUGGUAUUAUUUUCCCUUCGUUUUUCUGCCUCUGCUGCUGCUCCGUCGUUUGUUGGUCCUUUCUUUUUGUUUUUUGUUUCAUUUUAUGCCAAAUUCUUCAUUCCGUGACGUGAUGUCCUAACUGAAUAAACUCCACCGGCCCUUCAUUAAUAAUAAUAGCCAGACAAUAUCUAUUUGGUCAUGUGGCAACAACCACCACCCAUUCCAUGGCCAUCUUACACAACCCAACCCAACCCAACCCAAGUCAAUCAAAAAAGUUCCAACCUCAAUAAGAUCCAAAAUAGCAUUUUGGAGAAAUAUUAAGAGAUCGUUUCAUUUUGGCAGAAAUGGAAAUGGAGGGUGAGAUUGGAAACUUCAUUAAGGUAUGGCUCUCGGUCUUCUUAUCUCUCUUCUACUGCUAUGCAUUUGGUAAGUUUGUACCAAAAGGUUUUCCAAGACUCUUGCUCAUAAUUCCAGUUGUAGCCCUCUUCCUAGACCUUCCUCUUCACCUCUCCACCAUCCAUCUCGGAGGCACCACUGCUUUCUUCAUUUCUUGGCUUGCCAACUUCAAGCUCUUGCUCUUCGCCUUUGGGAAAGGCCCUCUGUGCUCCGACCCUUCAAUCUCUCUUCCCCGUUUUGUAGCCGUCGCUUGUUUACCCAUCAAGAUCCAACAAAACCCACCUCCAAAAACACCCCAAUUCCAAACCUCAAAUCAUCAAAAUGGCCACAACUCAAACACAUAUGGGCAUGCAACAACAAAACAAAACCCAGCUCCGAAAUCCCCGUUGAACUACGCACUCAAAGGCCUGCUCUUGGCUCUGUUGAUAAAGGUAUAUGACUACAAAGAGCACCUCCAUCCAAACCUGAUAUGGGUCAUGUAUUGCUUCCACAUAUAUUUUGCCCUAGAAAUCAUCCUCCUCAUGGCUGCCGCGCUGGCUCGAGCCCUUCUGGGACUUGAGCUCGAGCCCCAAUUCAACGAGCCCUACCUCUCCUCCUCCCUCCAAGACUUCUGGGGCAGACGAUGGAACAUUAUGGUCACCACCAUCCUGCGCCCCACCGUGUACGAACCCGUCGUUGCGCUUUCGACACGGGUGGUAGGGCGCAGGUGGGCCCCGCUCCCUGCCGUGAUGGGGACCUUCAUAGUGUCGGCAAUUAUGCACGAGCUCAUAUUCUACUACCUGGGGCGGCUACCGCCCACGUGGGAGAUCUCGUGGUUCUUCCUCCUCCACGGGCUGUGUUUGGUGGUUGAGAUCGCCGUCAAGAAGGCGAUUGCUAAACGGAAGAAGUUUCAGGUGCCGAGGUUGGUGUCUGGGCCUUUGACCGUUGCGUUCGUGACGGGCACCGUGUUUUGGCUCUUCUUUCCUCCGCUGCUGCGGUGUAAUGCUGACGUGAGGGCUCUGGGGGAGUACGCGGCUGUUGGCGCGUUUUUCAAGAAUGUCGGUCGUGCUUUUGCAUCUAGAGCCAUGAACACCAGAAGAAGCAACUGGUAGUAGCAGAAGACUUAGUUGUAGCUGUUGAAAUUGGCGGAUUCAGAAAUUGUUUAACGGAAGUUCAAAAUUGGCUAAGUAUGAAAAAUUGCUUUUCGGAAUAAUAAUUUUCUCAA